UGGCUCAUUAAUGUACAAUUUAUUAUGUUUAUUUUUUUCGUUCAGAAAUUGAUUAUUGGUCGGUUUUCUAUAAAAACUGGAGGUAGCCGUACUAAAAUUCGUUAGUCAUUCCAAAUUGAAUCCCAGAAGAUGAAGCUACUCAUUUUUGUCCUUGCAGCGUUCGCAGCUAUACAAACCACCACCAGCGAUUCCUACGGUGAAAAUGCGUUAGCUCGCUACAGCGUGCCAGCUAUUUUGGAAUAUAACAAAGACGGAUUAGAAAAAACCACUGAAGACAUUUGUCCUGGAUAUGGGUUGCGCGUAGAAAAUGUGACUGAAAAAGUUCAGAAAUGCUUAAGUGAGGUCGACUUUGGGAGUCAAACUUUAUGCAGCGCUACAAGGAGAGCCGUUUACGAGUGUGCGUUGCCAAUAACAAGUUUACUUGAUGAGUGCCUUCCAGCGCAAUCCAAAAGAAUACCAACGAUUGUUGUCAAAAUGAUUGGCAGCGCCGUUGACUACCUUUGCAAAGCUAAUGGAGAACAUAUCGUCGAGUACCUUAAUCCCUGCUUUAGAAAUGUAACCAAGCAGUCUGAAACGUGUAUCAAAAAGUUCACCGAUAAAUUUGAUGAAAUUGAUCGUACUAAGAAGUAUCCUACAGCACAAGCCAUGUGCGAAUUCUAUGAAAGCUUCAGAUCGUGUCUAGAAGGUCACUUGGAAACCUCUUGUGCCCAUCCAAUUACCAGAGAAUCCUUCCUUCAAUUUUACGAUCAAUUAUUGGAAGUUUGUAGAAGUGAGAACCUUAAAAAAAAUGAUUCCAAAGCGAGCUUGCAUAAGAAAUAUCGAACAUCAAUGCUUCAUAAUUAAAAACAAAUAAAAUUUUUAUUAUUGAA